ACCGCCAGCCGGCCGUAUCUACAAUGUCACCGAUACGUUCGAUACUUUAUUCGAGUCUGCUCGCGCGCGCCCGCCGCCACGACACGGAAGAGUGUCAAAUAAAUACAGGUUGAAAUAUAUCCGCUGUCGGGUUCUGUGAUCCUGGUAUAUACGUGCCAUUUGAAGAAUGAAUUUUUGCCUGUUUUUUGUGUUGUUCGGUUAUUUUUUCGCGUGGAGCAGCGGGAUGCUGUACCGGCGGGACUCCGAUAAUGUUUUGAAGCCCGAUCUCAUGCCAGUCUCGUCUACGGUGGUGCCCCUGCCAUACUACUCCGUGUACGGCUACGAGAAGAAAUUGCUCCGCGACAAGAACAAGACACGACCACAGGGAAAGAUCUCACUAGUCACUAAAGAACCGAAAUAAAAAGAUACCUAGCAGCCUCCCAUUAAAGCUGAUAAUACAAAAGACGGGUAGCAAGAGCCACAAGAGUAACAAAUU